AUGGGGACCGCGGUGCUGGCACUGUCCCUGCUGGCCGUGGCUCUCGUGUGCCCAGCCACCGCCACGCUGCGCAUCGGCGCCUUCAACAUCCAGGUGUUUGGUGACAGCAAGAUGUCUGAUGAGGCCGUGGCGGGCGUCAUCAUCAACGUCCUGCGCCGCUACGACGUGGUGCUGGUGCAGGAGGUGCGCGACUCCGACCUCAGCGCCGUCACCGAGCUCAUGGAGCAGCUCAACAGCGUGUCCUCAGCCCCGUACGACUACGAGAUCAGCGGGCCCCUGGGACGGGAGAACUACAAGGAGAUGUACCUCUUCAUCUACAGGACGGACGUGGUGUCGGUGGUGGACACCUACCAGUACGAGGACCCGCAGGACAUCUUCAGCAGGGAGCCCUUCAUCCUGAGGGUCUCAGCGCCCCGCACCAAGGCAGGGGAGUUUGUGAUGGUGCCGCUGCACUCGGCCCCGCACGAUGCUGCCGCCGAGAUCGACGCGCUCUACGACGUCUACCUGGCCGUGCUCAACAAGUGGGGGACCGAUAACAUCGUGUUCCUGGGGGACUUCAACGCCGACUGCGCCUACGUCAAGCCGAGCGACUGGGCCUCCAUCCGCCUGCGCACCAGCGACGUCUUCAAGUGGCUGAUCCCCGACAGCUCCGACACCACCGUGGGCAAGUCGGACUGCGCCUACGACAGGAUCGUGGUGUGCGGUGCCAAGCUGAAGAGGAGCAUUGUGCCCAACUCGGCCACAGUUUACAAUUUCCAGCGUGCUUUCCAGCUGGAGCAGGAGGAGGCCCUGGCAGUCAGCGACCACUACCCCGUUGAGGUGAAGCUGAUGGCUUGA